AUCAAUGUUAGUAUCACUACCAGUAAUAUCAUUAGUCUUACUGUGUGUUCAAUUUUUGAUUUACCCCCCUUAGGUUUCAUGAUGGCACACUGUACGGCUGCAUCUUUAGUUUCAGAGAAUAAAGUCCUUUGCCACCCUUCCUCAGUUGAUUCGUUGUCCACAUCUGCUGCCCAAGAGGAUCACGUGUCUAUGGGAGGAUUUUCCGCCAGAAAAUCUCUUAACGUGGUUAAAAAUGUUGAAAAAGUCCUUGCUAUUGAAUUGUUAGCGGCUUGUCAAGGAAUCGAGUUUUUGCGGCCAUUGAAGACAACAGAACCAUUAGAAGCUGUUCACUCAUUGGUUCGGAAAGUUGUAAAGCCGUGGGACAAAGACCGUUUCAUGGCGCCCGACAUAGAGGCUGUGUUGAAGCUUGUGAAGAAAGGAAAGAUCUGGGAAGUGGCGUCACCAUUUAUGACGCAUUACCAAAGCACCACCAGAUGUCAACAGGAGCUCCCAACUAACAUUAUGUCUCCUACUGCAAGUACUCUAUCGGUUGACACUCCUCCCCUUAAGAAGAUCAAGCUAAAUAAUGAAUGAAAUGGACGCUUACCAGCGUCGUGUGCGUUGCGUAUAGUGGAAAUGCUUUCUUCUUCUUUUGUGAUCAAAUCACAGAUAACUUGUAAAUAUCAUUACUUGCUGCCUCUGAUUUUAAUGCGCCGUUUAGCGUGUGAGGCGAAAAAAAUUGGAAAUACACAGAGCAAAAAGGGGCAUGCGCUCUCAAUAAUUUAGCAAUAUACUUUAUUCGCGUUCUCGUUGGUCCCUUUUGGUCAUGUGUUAGAUUGCACUCUCGGUGCUGGCCAAAAGAUAAGCAGGCUCUGAAGACGAGAUUGACAUCGCAUAGCACACUACAUGUUAAUUGAAUAUUUUGUUGUGAUGUCUUAGACAUUACUUGGUUUUGUCUAAUUGUGCAUCGGUUUCGAGUAAUUUAGAAUGUUUUCAAAAUUCAUUUACAGGCGAGAAAUAUGGUUUUAUGGAAAAUAUUAAUUUAUUUUAAAAUUGAAUGAAGAAUUCUCAUUUAUUUACUCAAUUCUUGACUUCUAGGUUGAGUUAAUUCUCAAGUCGCAAGAAAAAUAUCUGAAUCGUAGUGUUGUGGUUUUUUGUCGUCGAUAGAUGUUAAGUUAACACUUUGUCAAACUUUCAAGUAUUACCUAUCCUGACAGAAGCUCUUUGGCUGGCUAAGGUUUUUGUUAAUAUUAUUUAUAAGAUAUGUUUAUUCCCGUUAUGUGAAAAGAAAAAAAAAUUCAUAAAACAAACUGGAAAAUGUAUUUGCCUCCUUAAAUUUCCUUUAAAAUAUCUCUAAUAAAAAAAUAUUUAAAUUUGGUUA